UCGUCAGUGAGCUGGAGGCCCAGCCAUGGAUCAGAUGUACUGCAUAAUCGGUCUAACUUUGGUGGCGUUCUCGCUUCUAUACCGGUAUUUGACGAGCACUUACGUUUAUUGGAAAGACAAGUCGAUACCAUGUUUGAAAGGAGCCUUACCUGGUCUUGGACACGUCGCGCCGAUGAUUUUUUUGCGGAAGCAGAUGUCGGAUUUGUACCGAGACUUCUACAACGAGAUGCCGGAUUGCAGUUUAUUCGGUUUCUACAACUUUCGAAGCCCAUCUUUGAUUCUGCGUGAUCCGGAAUUGGUGAAGUGUGUGAUGUCGAAGAACUUCAAGGACUUCUCUGACAAUCACUUUGAGAUUGACAAAAGCAUGGAUCCCAUACUCGCUGCUAAUCCCUUUUUCACAAACGGAGAGCGUUGGAAAGCCUCGAGACAGCAAUUGACUUCGGCCUUCACCUCAGGGAAGCUUAAAUAUUUAUUGGAGUCUAUCAGGGUCGCUUGUGGCGAGCUUGACAGUUACGUGAAUAAAAAAUGCAGGGAAAAGACUCGCCCCGAUACAGCGGAGCUGGAAUUGAAGGAUUUAUUCUCGAAAUACACUGCUGAGGUCGUCGCAAGCUCAGCUUUUGGCGUCGAUGGUGACAGCUUUAAAAGUGACAGUAAAGACGGACCUUUUAGAGCCGUUGGACGACUGGUCUUCGAGCCGAAUUUCGCGAAGGGUCUGAUCCAGACCAUCGUACUAUUCCUACCAGCGCUUUCGAGGGUCUUGAAGACACGUUUCAUGCCCAAAGAAGUUGAUCAGUUCUUUAGAAAAAUCGUCAAAGACGUCAUCAGACACAGGGAAGAGCGAGGCAUCGAACGUCCGGACUUUCUGCAGCUCAUGAUCGAGGCCAAGAAGAACGCCAAGGUUGACGCAAGCUUGGAGCAGGUCUUCGACGACGACAUCAUUACCGUUAACGCAGCUUCCUUCUUCUUAGACGGUUACGAAACGGCCAGCAUAAUGUUGAGCUUUCUGGUAUUCCAGCUCGCCACACACCCCGAAGUCCAAGAUCGUCUUCGCCAGGAAGUCGUGAACGUCGUAUCAAAGAGUGGUGGCCUCACUUAUGAAGCUGUCCAAGAAAUGGUGUACAUGGAUCGAGUCAUCAGCGAGUCCACACGCUUUUAUCCGGUUACUGGAGCUCUUCUGAAACGGUGCACAAGUGACACCGAGCUCGUAGGUCCGGAUGGAAUCACUUGUAAUGUCAGUAAAGGUACUUUCAUCGUGAUACCAGUUGCCGCUUUGCACAUGGACCCCGAGUACUGGACCAAACCUGAGGAAUUUAAUCCUGAACGUUUUACCGAAGAGAACAAACAGCGGAGACACAAAUUUGUCCAUCUUCCAUUUGGAGAAGGGCCAAGGAUUUGUCCUGGUCAACGGGUCGCCAUGCUUAUCAUGAAGGCUGCUGUCGCGACGAUCAUUCAGAAGUACAGAUUCGAGCUUUCGUCACGAACCAAAAUCCCAAUUCAAUUGGACCCCAACUACUUUUUGAGUACCGCUGUUGGCGGACUUUGGGUGAAGUUCACACCGUUGUAAAAGGAACUGCUUCUUCAUGGACUGUUAAUGUAGAGAUUUUGGUACUUUUGGUCUCGAAAGUCGAAUCAGUAGCGAUUUAGGGCCCAAGAAAUUAUGCUUUUUCUCAGUU